AUGAUCGACAGGAACCUCUUGCCAUUGAUGUGCUUCACAUUCGUCAUCAUGAUCGCGGACCAAGUCGUAAUCGCGCAAUCCGCUAUCCUGGGCAUCUUCCAAGGCGCGAAUCUGACACAGGAUCAGUUCAAUUGGCUGGCGACUAUCCUGUAUCUGAGUAUCCUGGCGUUCGAGUAUCCCCAGAAUUUGGCGCUUCAAAGGUUCCCUGUAGGAAAAUGGAUGGCGGUGAAUAUCUUCGUUUGGUCAGUCGCACUUCUCGCACAUGCGGCAUGCAGGUCAUUCGCAGCGCUUGUUGCGUGCAGAAUCGUGUUGGGAAUGUGCGAGAGCGUCAUCCUUCCCGGUUUCAUGAUCGUCACUUCCAUGUUUUACACGCGUGCUGAACAUACGGCUCGCGUUGGCUAUUGGUACAUGGCUGGAAUGUGUGGGAGCAGCUUCCUGGGACUUGUCGCGUUCGCGCUUUUGCAUAUCGAGGGAAAAACUAGGCUCAUGCCAUGGCAGUGGAUGAUGAUUAUCAUGGGUCUUGUGACGUUCGUUUUCGGCGUUAUUUUCGUGAUAUUCUUCCCCGAUUCGCCUACCUCUGCCAAGUUCCUCUCCGAGGAGGAAAGGGCGUUGGCCAUCCAGCGCAUUAAGGUUAACCAAACGGGCGUUGAGAACAAGCGAUUCAAGAAAGAACAGUUCAUCGAAACGCUCAAGGACAUCAAAGUAUGGUACAUGGUCGCAUUCGGGUUUCUCUCGUACGUCUUUACCACCCUCAUGCCCACGCCGCUCAUCUCAGAUGCGCCUAGGCAUGUCCCCGUCUCGAUGACAUUCCAAAAACAAAUCAUCGUCUCCCAAAUGGGCUUCAACGCCCUCCAAACCACCCUCCUCAGCUGUGCCGAUGGGGUCAUCACCGUCAUCGGAAUCUCCAUCGGAAUCUACCUCUCCACCCUGCCCGCGAUUGGCAGGGGCUGGUCGACGAUCAUCACCUCCAUCCCUCCGCUUGUUGGGUCGAUUCUGAUUAAUGUUCUGCCUGGAGAGAAUAAAGUCGCGCUGCUGUUUAUGUAUUGGUUGUCUUUCUGGGUUAGCGUACCAUAUACCGUGUUCUUGGGAUGGGUUACCUCCCUGGUUGCAGGUCACACGAAAAGGAUUACGACGAACGCAAUGGUCCUUAUCGCUGCGUACCUCGGUCUUGCUGUUGGUCCUUUGAUGUGGAAGAAGCAGUAUCAACCACGAAACCGCGUCCCAUGGAUCAUAGUUGCACUCUGUGUCCUAACCUCGGGAAUAUCCCUCUUCGCUCUCCGACUUACGCUCUACCUCGAUAACAAGAAGAGGGAUAGGGAGCCGAGGAGUACGAAGUACGAUGAAGUCUAUAUCAAGAAAGAGUUGGCGGAUGGGACGGUGGAGAAGCAGCAUGUUGACAAGGCUUUCCUCGAUCUCACUGAUAAAGAGAACCGUGACUUCCGAUACGUUUUGUAG